AGACCAUCAGAAUCUCAUCGGUGUGUAUCCGACUUUUAGCUAAUUAAUGCUCGUCCCUACUCAUGCGGUGCGCGAUGGAGCCCCAGAGUAGUUGGUUGGCGGCUACCUCAACAACAUGUUGCAUCCGAAAUUAGGUCAGGCUCUGCGUGUUGCGUACUACCACGCGCUCGUCUUUGGCCUGAUGGGGACCACGCUGCAUAUUCGUGGCAAUAGCCGGCUCAUCCGCGUGAAGAAGGUUUCUUGGAUAUAUCUGGCCUACAGUCUCCUCAUCAGCGGCGGUCUCCUGCUGGACACCUACUUUAUGGUGCCGAAGGCCAUCCUGGAUGGCUACAUUCACCACAACAUUGUGCUGCAGUGGAACUUCUUUUUGAUGCUGGGCCUGCGAAUAGUGACUAUUGUCUGCUCCUAUGGUCUCGUCUGGCUGCAGCGUCGGCAACUCGUGAAGCUCUAUGUGGAUUCGCGGCAUCUCUGGAGGAACUACAGGCGCCUACUCAAGCGUAUGGUGGACCAGCAGGACCUAGAGAAGCUGCAACUCUCACUGACGAGCCUUUUCUGGCGACAGACCAUUGUGGUCUAUGGAGCUCUGCUCUGUUCGAGUGUCGUUCAGUAUCAACUGCUCAGCGUGAUUAACCGUCAGAGCUUGACGGCCCUGUGCGCAAGGUUAUCCCAGCUCCUGCACGUCCUGGCAGUCAAAAUGACCUUCUAUGCGCUGCUCCUGAUGCUUGAUCAUCAGUUCCAGGCGGUGCUCCUGGCCCUCAGGACUCUCCAAAGGCGCAAAGGUGGAAAACAGAAGGCGAAGGAUCUUCGCCGCAUAGCAGCCCUGCAUUUGGACACAUAUCACCUGGCCAGGCACUUCUUUGGCCUGUACGAUGUUGCCAAUGCAAUGUUGUUUAUCAAUAUGUGUGUGACCACCACGAGCAUCCUGUACCAUGCCGUGCAGUACAGGAACCAGUCAAUCCCAUCCGACGGCUGGGGUAACCUCUUUGGCAGUGGCCUUGUUUUGUUCAACUUGUGCGGGACUCUGAUGCUCAUGGAAAAGCUGGAUCGCGUGGUCAGCUCGUGCAAUGUGGGCCCGGCCCUUCGACAGUUUUGCGAUCUCCGGAAGAUCAGCAAAGAACUGCAAAUGGAGUUGGAGAUUUUUUCUACUCAGUUGCAUCGUAAUCGUUUGGCUUAUAAAAUCUGCGGCCUUGUGGAGGUCAACAACUCCGCCUGCCUCAGCUACAUUGGUUCCAUUCUCAGCCAUGUGAUCAUCCUUAUGCAGUUCGAUAUAAGGCGCCAGCAGAUGGAAUAGGAAGUCUAUAGGUGAAUAAUUACAAUGGAAUACUGCAGGAAGUAGAUAGCAUUUAUUUGAUACGUGUUUCGAAUGGUUGUAGUUCAGGCAGGUUUCAGACAGAUGUGGAUGGUGAUUCUGAG